AGGUGGAAAGUCGCCUUGGCUUUUGUCAAGACACUGCUGACUCCACUUCCACGGCAUGUACUCUGAUGUCUAUGCAACCUGCGGCUUCAUUGGUGGAGGAAAAGGCAACUGAGGAGUACUUUCACACAGUGCCAUUAUCACAGCGACAAGGAAUCUCAAUGACCGAUUUGUUCGGCCAUUCGCUUCGCGAAUGCACCAACCCUUCGAGUCCGUUUAGCCCUACCGUCGCAACGAACAUCGUCACACCUUCCGUACCCUGGACGCCGUCACCACAGCGCGAUCUCCAAAAGGACGUGAAGAGAUCCGCAACGAUCAUACGUUCGUGCGAAUCGAACGACGAAUCUCCAGUUCGAGGGCAAACUCAAGGAUUCAAGAAUCGACGCCCUCCUACGCCAGGCUAUGGUUUGCGCGCAUCGUCAAAAUACAUGAACGUGGCCAGCAAUAUUACGAGCGUCCAUGAAGUAAGGUCUCAUUACCCGUCCAAGUCACCAUUACCUCCAAAGACCGCAACAACGAAACAUGCUUCGUCGAAUUCAAGCCCAUUCGCGGUGUACGUUGACAAGCACGACACCAAAUUCUCUACGCCAAGUCCCAAAGGGCGGUCAACAAAGAAGCCACGAACGUCAACUGGAAAGUCCAAGAAAAAACGGCUGUACUCAGAGGCCGACAAGGAAAACGUGAGUCCCAACUCUACCCCAAAGGGAGUCCAUGGCAAGGCUGACAAAAAGCGACUGCGUACAAUGACGUAA